AUGAUUGGACAAGAAUAUUCUCAACAGAGACUUCAAAUCAGUGCACACGGAUUACUUCAAUGUGAACAGCAAAGAAAUCCCUGCCGCCAGAUUGGUAUCAUUGGAGCAGGUGCGGCUGGCUUGUAUUGCGGAAUCCUUCUGGCCGAAGCAGGUCAUACAGUAAAAAUUUUCGAGGCAACUGAUCGCGCUGGCGGACGAAUUCAGACCUAUCGUGAUCCACAAAACCCAUCGAAAUACAUGUAUAUAGCAGAACUGGGUGCUAUGCGUUUUCCACUUGACCAACAUCCUUAUUUGAGCCAUCUGAUACGACAACGAUAUCAAUUGAAUGUUUCCGAAUUUCCUGGUCCAGAUGAAAAUGCGUAUACAUAUUUGAAUGGAAUAUUAACUACAAAAAAGCAAGCACAAGAAAAUCCCGAUAUAUUCCAAUUUAAUACCAGUCAAAGCGAACGAGGAAAGACACCAAGUCGAUUAAUGUCUGAAGUGAUUCAACCUCUUUUCCAAGUAUUCUCAGAAGAAGGUUGGCCAGGAGUUCUAAAGAAAUGGGGUUCAUAUUCGAUCGAAUCCUAUUUGAAUAGUAUGAAUCUGUCGCGUGAAGCUAUUAAUUAUAUAGCUGCUUCUGGAAGCGCUGACAGUCAAAUGUAUCUAUCUAUUUUGGAAGAUAUGCGUAGUGAAAUCAUUGCAAGUAAUAUCAGUAAAAAUUAUCGAAUUACAGAUGGCAAUGAUCUGCUGGUACAAGCAAUGGUCGAUGAUUGUCAACGUAUGCAAUCAAAUCGAUGUUCGAUAACGUACUCGACUCCCGUAAGCCAAGUACAACUAUUAGCAUCGAGUCAAGUUCGAUUAACAACAAAUAAUGGUACGAGUGAAAGUUUCGAUACUGUAGUUGUAGCAACACCGCCUACUGUUACUCAAUUCUUCGAUUUUGAGCCGCGAAAAGAUUUUGCACAAAAAUAUUUAGCUUUACGUCAAGUCCAUUACAUUUGUGCAUCAAAAAUGUAUCUCUUUUUCAAUGUAUCCUGGUGGUUUACGCAAGAAAAUAUCCAAGGAGGCUCAUCAGUGACUGAUUUGCCUAUUCGCUUGAUUUAUUAUCCGAAAACGACGAGUAAUCAAACGAAUGGUGGAACUCUUCUUGCUUCAUAUACAUUUUCCAAAGAUUCGAUCACAUGGCAGUCUCUAUCUGACGCGGAUGCAAUUGAUUUAGCACUAAAACAAUUGAUAAAAAUGCAUAGAAAUUCAUCGAACAUGCGGGACUAUUUUCAAGGCGGAAAAAUCAAACAUUGGUGCCAAGAUCCUUAUGCACGUGGUGCUUUUACUUAUUUUACCCCAUUUCAAGAGACGGAACUGGCUGAUACAUUACAAGCAUCCGUUUCAAAUGUACAUUUCAUCGGGGAACACACAACUCUUUUACAUGGAUGGGUCGAAGGUGCUCUUUCAUCAGCCAUUCGGGCAGCUCAGGCUAUUACGACAGAAACAGAAAUCGUAGUACCCACAAAUGGCUUUCAAACUAUACCGAUGCACAUGCCCAGCUUUCUUUGUGUUCUUUUAUAUUACAUUUUUUGA